UCCUAAGAGAGCAGCAAAGCAAGCUAAAAAUUACAAGCGUCGGGAAAGAAAGCUUAAGAAGUUGCUUAUGGUUAGUGGUCGGGUAAAAAAAUUAAAGAAGUUAAAAAGAAGCCGUAAAGGAGGAGAAUAUGUUUCUGGGAGCUUUCGUCGUUUUAUGCAAUGGAAAAAGAAAAAAGCCUGGCUUCUUUUCGCAAAAUGCCAACCAAAUCCUAUUUGCUCAGUUGAUUUACAUGGAAAUGCUUUUUAUAAUUGGGGUUUAGUUUCAUCGUUCAAAACUGUUUGGAAAGGCUCAAAACGGGAUACACAACAAGUUUAUGGAAAAAAAAGGCCUUCUGUUUUUUCUUCACUAUUACCUGCAGCACCGAUUCGUUGUUAUAGUUGUAGACGUUUUAAGAAAAGUCAAACAUUAAUUGUUCAUAUGUGGGUAAAUAGAAUUAAGACAAUUGGUCUUGUUCCACCAUUACAAUUUGAUCAAGAACUUCCAAAUAAAUUGUCUGUCUGUCUUCGAUGUGGGAAAGAAUAUUUUCAUGUCAGCAAGAUAAAGUUGGCAAUGUUCUCUUUAGUGUUCCGACAAAAAAUUUUUGAUGAAAAAUUAGGAGAUGAUCUCAAAAAUCCAAUAAAGAUUGAAGAAAGAUUUAAACCUUCAAUUGUCCAUUUGGCCUUAAAAACUAUUUUUGAUAUUAAUGCUCGAAUUCAUUGUUUGAGAGUUGAUAAAUUAUUAGAUUUUGCAAAAGAAUAUAAAAUUCCCUCUAUUUUAGGAAGUAUUGAGGAUUCUUUAAUAAACAGUAGAAAAUGCAAACAUUUUAAUUUUCAACAAAAAAUUGAAUUGGCUUACAAAUAUGGAUUGGAUGACUUAAAGAAUAAUUUUUGUCAACUUAAUAAUUCAAUUGAAUUGAUAGAACAGAAUUUAAAUAUUGAGAAAUUACAUUCGGAAUUUAAAGAUCAAUUACAAAGAAAAUUAGCUUGUAUGAAAGCUGCUGAAAAAGCUGGAUUAGCAAGAACUAAUGAGAGGAAACAAGAAAGAGCCAGAAAGAGAAAGGCAAGUAAAGCAAUUAAGAAAGCAAAAAAAGCAGCGAAUGAAGAAGAAAGUUCAAAAGAUAAUGGAAAAACUUAA